CCCAAGUUAACGACUACCACCCAGUCUUAUCCAAAAUCUCCAACUAGCAUCACCACGGCAUAUCCUCUUUUUUCAUGUUCUUCUUCUCUUUUGCCUAACCCACCCAUUUUGCUCAAACCCAUUAAUAAUAAUGGCUUCAGCAGCAUCUGCAACUUUUCGCCUCACAAACCAACUUUCAUCGUCAUCUUCUGCAAAACCAAAACCACCCCAACUCAUAUUUCCAUCCAAACCCUACACUUUUUCACCAUUUCACACAACACCCCCUAAACUCCAUCUCACUUUCAACAAGUGCAUUGAUGUCUCAAAAGAAGACAGACCCAUUUCAGAUACGACCCCACCACCCGAACCCGAAAAAGAUUUCGACUUGUCGACAGAAGAGACACAAGAGGAGUUUGACAAACGUAGGCUAGAGGAAAAGUUUGCAGUGUUGAAUACUGGAAUAUAUGAGUGCAGGUCAUGUGGGUAUUUAUACAAUGAGGCUGCAGGUGAUCCAUCUUACCCAAUUGCUCCUGGUUUGCCUUUUGAAAAGUUGCCUGAGGAUUGGAGGUGUGCUACUUGUGGUGCUGCCAAGUCUUUUUUUCAGAGUAAGAGUGUCGAGAUUGCGGGUUUUGCUCAGAAUCAGCAGUUUGGGCUGGGUGGGAAUACGCUUACUGCGGGUCAGAAGGCGAUUUUAAUCUAUGGUAGUCUUUUGUUCUUCUUUGUCUUGUUUUUGUCUGGCUAUUUUCUUCAAUGAAAACAUACUGCUACUAUUACUUUUACACAUAAAUAUGAUUCUCUUGUUAUUUUGGUUAA